CUGCUUCCCCACCCCUCAUCCAUCGACUCAUUGGCUCUCGCUCUCUCAUCUUCUGCCGUUGAAUCGCGUUGCUUCUUCUUCUUCAUCUUCUUCGUUCUUUAAUUUUGCCAACUUGUUGGCGGUUUCUUGCUCGAGCUGAAGUGACUCCUCGGGUUCUUUCUUCAGUUUCCGAGCUCCGUAGAUUGGUUUCCUACGACCACGUGUUGCUCUUUCGUUUCAUAUCCUCCCGUUUGUUGGGGGAGUGGGUUUCUGAACUCCGAAGUGACGUUGAUCGGAUUCACCAACAGGCUUGGAGAAGUGUCCGUAGAUCCGAAACUGUGAAACAGAAAAACUCUAUCUUGGAGUAGAAAUCCGUAAGGUUCCUAGCCAGCAAGGACCGAUGUUGGAUAAGGUCGGAGCAUUCUGUCAGGAGAAGGUAAUAGAGGAGUUUGAGGCGAAGUCUAGGGACGCCGGAAAGGUUCAGGAUAACACUCUCUGGAGGAUUCUCCAUGAGAAUGGUCAAUCAGAGUACUUGCAGAAAUGUGGUUUGGGGGGGAGGACUGAUCCCGAGAGUUACAGGGCAUAUGUCCCGCUCGUGACUCAUGCGGAUUUGGAGCCGUAUAUUCAGAAGAUCGUUAAUGGGGAGAAUAAGUCUGCUCUCACAGAGAAACCAAUCUCUACCAUAUCUCUCAGCUCCGGGACGACGCAGGGGAGGCCCAAGUUUUUGCCUUUCAAUGAUGAGCUUGUGGAUAACACCAUGCAGAUAUACCGGACGUCAUUUGCUUACAGAAACAGAGAAUUUCCGAUCAAGAGUGGAAGGGCCUUGCAGUUUAUCUACAGCAGCAAGCAGUUCAAAACAGAGGGGGGUCUCUUAGCAGGCACUGCUACAACCAAUGUGUACAACACCGAUCAGUUCAAGGCGACGAUGAAGGAUAUACUGUCGCAGAGUUGCAGCCCGGAUGAAGUCAUAUUCGGAGCUGACUACAAGCAAUCUCUGUACUGCCACCUCUUGUGUGGGCUCAUCUAUUCCGAUGAGGUUCAGUUCAUAUCUUCCACAUUCGCUCACGGCAUCGUCCAUGCUUUCCGAACAUUCGAGCAAGUCUGGGAAGAACUAUGCGAGGACAUAAAAGAAGGCGUCCUCAGCAGCCGAAUCACCAUCCCAUCGAUGCGGAUUGCCGUCUCCAAAAUCCUGAAGCCCAGACCUGAAUUGGCGGCCACCAUUCGCCGGAAGUGCAGCAGCUUGAACAACUGGUAUGGACUAGUCCCUCAGCUCUGGCCCAAUGCCAAGUACAUCUAUGGCAUCAUGACAGGUUCAAUGGAGCCUUAUCUGAAGAAACUGAGGCAUUACGCCGGCGAUUUGCCCUUGUUGAGUUCCGAUUACGGAUCAUCGGAGGGAUGGAUUGGUGCCAAUGUCAAUACACGAGCGCCCCCUGAGGAAGCAGUGUUCACCGUGCUUCCAGAUAUCGGUUACUUUGAGUUCAUUCCUCUGAGAAGAGACGUUGGCAGUGAAGAAACAAAUUUAACAGCAGCUUUGGCUGUCUAUAACGAAUUUGAACCUGUUGGUCUUACGGAAGUUAAGGUCGGGGAAGAGUAUGAGGUCGUCGUCACUAAUUUUGCAGGUUUAUACCGAUACAGGCUGGGGGAUGUGGUGAAGAUAAAGGGUUUCUACAACUCCAUUCCGCAGCUGCAAUUCAUAUGCCGGAGGAGUCUCCUUCUCACCGUGAACGUGGACAAGAACACGGAGAAGGACCUGCAAUUGGCGGUGGAGCGGGCGGCGGAGCUGCUGGCCAAGGACAUGGCGGAACUGGUUGAUUUCACGAGCUACGUCGACAUGACCAGCGAUCCCGGCCACUACGUCGUCUUCUGGGAGAUCAACCAGGAAGCCAGCGAGUCCACUCUCCAGGACUGCUGCUGCUGCAUGGACCGGUCGUUCUUGGAUGCCGGCUACAUCAGCUCCCGCAAGUCGAAGACGAUCGGAGAGCUGGAGCUCAAGAUCCUGCAGAGGGGCACGUUCCACCGGAUUCUCGACCAUUACCUGAACCUCGGCUCCGCCGUCAGCCAGUUCAAGAUGCCCCGCUGCAUCGGCGCUUCCAACCAGGCAGUCUUGGAGAUCCUCAAGAACAGUGUGACCAAGAGCUAUCUCAGCACUGCGUUUGGUUGAACACUCCAACCACACCUACCUACCUUCUCCUCCUCUGGUCUCUGUUCUGCAUCUUGUAUUAACUUCUUCUGUAAUGGCUUCCCUAAUGUUGGGUGUUUAUCUUUCUGAAGAUCGCCACUGUCCUCUAUACGGCUUUUAUCUUACCAUGAGCACUGACAGUGCUGCCAUCCAUCUUCUGUACUGCUGUAAUGCUCCUUUGUGUCAUGGAGGAAUCGUCCUGCUCCCUCCUCCUCUUCUGUAUAAUUUUCACCUGCAAGCCUAUCUCUGAUGAAAUUGAAAAAAAAAAAAUUGUAAGUUUAUAUA